AUGCCAGAUUACAAGUCCCAGCAUGCAGUAAAAAAGAAUGGUGGUGAUACUAAUGAAGGAACAUUAUCAGCAUUACCAGCAGCCAGAAUGAUUUCGUACUAUGAACUAUCACAGGCAACUAAUGGAUUUGAUGAGAGUAAUUUGCUUGGUAGGGGCAGUUUUGGCUCUAUGUUCAAAGGUUUACUUUCAAAUGGGAUGCUGGUUGCUGUCAAAGUGUUUAACUUGGACUUAGAAUUAGGAUCAAAGAACUUCAGUGUAGAAUGCGAAGCAAUGCUCAAUCUGCGCCAUCGAAAUCUCAUGAAGAUCAUAGGUUGUUGUUCAAGUAUAGAUUACAAGCUUUUAGUGAUGGAGUUCAUGCCUAAUGGGAGCCUUGAGAGAUGGUUGUAUUCUCAUAAUCAUUGUUUGGACUUCUUGCAAAGGCUAAAUAUAAUGAUAAAUGUGGCAUCUGCAUUGGAGUAUCUGCAUCAUGGAUCUUCACCUAUAGUGGUUUAUUGUGAUGUCAAACCUUGUAAUGUCUUAUUGGAUGAAGACAUGGUUGGCCAUGUCAGUGACUUUGGCAUUGCCAAAUUGCUUGGCGAGGGACAAUCCAAAGAAUAUACCAAGACCAUGGCUACAGUUGGCUACAUUGCACCGGAGUUUGGAUCCAAAGGGAUUAUCUCUACAAAGGGAGAUGUAUACAGUUUGGGGAUAAUGCUGAUGGAAACAUUCACAAGAAAGAAGCCAACAGAUGACUUGUUUGUUGCAGGAUUAAGCAUGAAAGGUUGGAUUAGUGAAUCAUUGUCACGAGCAAUUGAUCAAGUUGUGGAUUCUAACUUUUUACAAGAUGAAGGUCACCACCAUGUUGAUGACAUAAUAGCAUCUACAUCAUCUAUCUUGAAACCGGCCUUAAAUUGUUGUGAGGAUUUACCUGAAGAACGAAUGAACAUGACAGAUAUUGCUGCAUCACUAAACAAAGUUAAGGCCAAGUUUUUUGAAGCUAGUGAUAAGAAUGUGGUUCGGUUUUGUAGAAAAUGAACCACUUUGUAAUAUGUUUAAAUGUUUAGUACAUUCCCUUUCUUUGCAUUUGAAUUUUGGCCUCAGUAGAGUCUAUAUUUUUCUACAUUAGGAACAUAAGAUGUUGCAAUAAACAUUAUCAAAAGAGAUUCAGCAAAUAUAACUACAGAACAUUUACAGUUAUUAAGCUAUGGGUGAUUCAGGAUUGAUAUAUAAAGAUUAAAGAAUAUAAAGGAUGAUCAUGGCCAUUUGCUAAUUUAUAAUAUAUCAGUUGUAAGAAACAUUCAUUGUGUCACUUCAAUACCAAUUUUUGUAAACUAAGAAAAGCAAAUCUGCGAUGUUGAGCACUGUUGACAUUUGACAAACUCAAGUAAUAAAAAAAACCAAAAAAAGUGGUGCCAAAGUAUAAAAA